AACGGUUUUCGGGUAGAUUUGGCUUGGCAGGUUUAGAAGUAUCUCGCGACGGCCUCCACUCGUGUAACGUUCGAAACUCACUGGUAAGGGCAGUUAUUGGCAAACGGUCGUCACUCAACUCGGAGUGCAUCUUGUUCGCUUCAGGUGCAUAAGAUACGAACUGCAAUACCGCGAACGGUUACUAUUAGUUUCGAAAUUCGCUGAAAAUGUUUGAAAUCAGUUCAUGUGUUUUAGUUUUUCGGUGUUUAAGGGGUGGAAAUUCCACAUGCAAGAAUUGCUAAAUAAAAGUGAAAGUGAGUAGGAAACUCUGUGUAAGUUUGGUAGUUAAAAAGUUGCUCUCCAAACCUUCAAGGGACGCUCAACUUUCGUUAUCAGACGGGCGGCGCCGCUUUUCGAGACGUCUUCACAGAUUUACAUACAUAUAUGUUGGCUUUGGUGUAUUGUAAGUGUGUACAGUGACUUUUUACCGAAAAUGGAUCCGACAGAAGUAAAUGCGUCCAACAUAAUAAAUGCCAGCAAACAAGUGGAUCAAAACCUCAUCGAACAAUUUUCGCAAAAUAAAAAAAUCCCGAACCCAGCCUUCAACGUGCUCAUCAUAGUUUACACUAUCUUGAUAACAUUCGGCGCAGCGGGGAACAUUCUUGUGGUUAUUGCAGUUCUAAGGAAGCCAGCUAUGCGGAUAGCCCGGAACAUGUUUAUAUUGAAUUUGGCAGUGUCAGAUUUGCUGCUCUGCCUCGUUACGAUGCCCCUGACUUUGAUGGAGAUUCUUACGAAAUACUGGCCUCUCGGUAAAUACGCUUUUGUAUGCAAAAUGAUUGGGACAUUGCAGGCGACGAGCAUUUUUGUCUCCACGAUUUCGAUCACCGCAAUUGCAUUGGACAGAUACCAGGUCAUAGUAUAUCCGACCCGUGACAACCUGCAAGUUAUGGGAGCUGUGAUAAUAUUGACUGGAAUCUGGAUCCUGGCACUAGUACUGGCUUCUCCUAUGUUCCUCAUUAAGCGACUUGUUUCCUAUGAUAUCCCGUUGACGAAAUAUGGGAUUGGAAGUAUUGCGUAUUGCAUAGAGGAUUGGCCCAUUGAGCAUGGACGCAUCUACUACUCGGCGUUCUCUCUUUGCAUCCAGUAUUUACUUCCAAUUCUUAUAGUAUCGGCCGCUUACUUUCGCAUCUACCUGAAACUGAAGAACCGCAUCCCAACAAGUGUAGGGCUGGUGAACAAACCGCCAUCAGAACGACGAGCAGAACGAGGACGGCGAAUGCAGCGAACGAACUGUCUCUUGGUUAGCAUCGCCCUCAUAUUCGGUAUUUCUUGGCUGCCGCUCAAUUUCUUCAACUUGUAUGCCGACAUAUAUUUGGCAAAACACGCUGUCACGGAACAACUUCUCGUGGGAUAUGCAAUCUGUCAUAUGACGGGAAUGAGUUCAGCGUGUUCAAACCCACUACUUUACGGUUGGCUUAACGAGAAUUUUCGGAAGGAGUUUCGGAGCCUCUUAUGCCGAGGAACGCAGAACUCAACGGCAAAUUUGAAUGGGACCUCAAAGGAUAAAUGCAACCAUGGCAGGGAAUCGUGCUCACAAGCACCUGGGAAACUCGUUAGUACUAAUGUGCAAGGAGUAGAUGCGACCGUUACCGACAAUGGGAAAUCGACUGAGCUGACCGUCCUAAUGCGAUAACUAAAGGGGAAAGGUAAUCCCCAUCAAUCGAUCACAACUGGCUCAUCGACUGUCGUCACCGUUCGCUCAAAGAAGCAACCACAAGUCAAUCUAAGCAGGGCAUCUUUGCAUCAUUCCUACCAGCUCUAAGCGACUUUAUGUUAAGUGGAUAAUGAAGCUCAUGGAAAGAAAUUCCCGUCUGAGAUAUAAAUUUUAAUAUUCGUAAAGCGAUUAUGUACGUUGGAACUUGGA